AUGCGCUUCACAUCUAGCACCCUCCUCGCCACGCUUAUCGUCUCGGCCAUUGGAGCAGCGAUUCCCUCUCCUGUUGACCCCGCUGGUGUGAAUCUUGCUCGCGAGGCCGAUGUAGACGGUCAAGUUGGUACUGAUGGACGGGGAGGUUACAACAAGCGAGCCGAGCUACUUGGUACGGAUGGUCGUGGAGGAUAUAAUAAAAGAGCCGAGUUACCUGGUACAGAUGGACGUGGAGGAUAA